UUAGGCAAAAAAGUGAAGUUAUGUCCCUUAUACUGGACCAGGAAGUCUUUUGGACGUGCAGCGCGGGAUCCAAGCGCGAGGCAGGACAGAGAGCAGAGCGCAGUCUCACAUCUGCUGCAAACUUUGCACUGACUGAGCGACAAUGAACUUGAUCCUGGAAUGUCUGCUCCUUUUCGGCACGAUCUUGUUCUCGUUUAUUGAGUCGUUUGUGAAAUUGUUUCUGCCAAAGACGAGAAAGCCUCUUUCGGGGGAACUGGUCCUGAUUACUGGUGCCGGGCACGGAAUUGGCAAAGCAACAGCCCUACAGUUUGCAAGACAUGGGGCCACGCUUAUCCUAUGGGACAUCAACAAGGAAGGUGUCCAAGAAACUGCCUCAGAAUGCCAACAACUGGGAGCAAAGGCUCAUGCCUAUCAAGUAGACUGCAUUAAGAGGGAAGACAUAUACAAAAUGGCUGAGAAGGUGCAGAAGGAUAUAGGUGAUGUGACUGUUCUCAUCAACAAUGCAGGAGUAGUAACUUGUACUGAUUUGUUGACAACCACCGAUGACCAGACUUUACAGACCUUCAGUGUUAAUAUACUUGCACAUUUCUGGACUACAAGAGCUUUCCUGCCAGCAAUGAUGAAGAACAACCACGGUCACAUCGUUACUGUGGCUUCUGCAGCUGGACACUUUGGAACUCCCUUCUUGGUGGAUUACAGUGCUUCCAAGUUUGCAGCUGUUGGAUUUCAUGAGGCUCUCACAGAAGAGUUAAAUGUCUUGGGAAAAGAAGGAAUUAAAACAACAUGCCUUUGUCCUUUCUUUGUAAACACUGGCUUUGUUGCAAACAUAUCAUCAAGGCUUAUACCUGUUUUGGAGGUAGAAUACGUGGUUGACAAGCUAAUUGAUGGAAUACAGACAAACAAAAGAAUGAUUUUUCUCCCACCCUCUGUAUAUAUCAGUGUGUUAAUAAAAUGGCUUUUCCCUGUCCGUGCCGUAAAAGCAAUGUCAAAAUUUCAUCAAAUUAAAUUUGAAGACAGAAAAAAAGAAGACUGAUUGUGCAUUUAAAAUUUAGAGGUGUGGAACAUUUAUCUUAGCUAAAUAAGUCAUGAUGGAAACAUAGACUUCACUUGGAAGAUGGCAUUGUAUCGUAUUUAAAACAGUACCUACUAUCUCAUCUUAUUAAGCAUAAUGAGCUCCUGUUGACUUGAUUACACCAUCUAAAAGAAUUAAUAAAUUCUGGUUUGCCACA